UGAAUUCCACAAAAUGACCUCGGAUUUAAAUGUUCCCAAUUGACUAUAUAUAGGUGAUUUUCAUAAGAGAUCAUAUGACCUGGGAAAAAACCUCCCAAGGAAUACACUCGCUAUAUGAUAUAUUAGAAUAAUAUGACUUGAAUAACAGGAAGUAUAGUUUGAACAUAUGAUGGAGACUACAUGAGACACAGACACAUGAUCGACGAAAUAAUAGGAAGAAUGUUGUCACCGGCACGAAAAUAAUACAGGAACAUCUCGGGGUGCACCUUAUUCUCACUCUAAUCCAGGCGAAAUACCGUUAUCGACAAGGUAUAUACAUACAUACCCCUUGAUAUGGCAAGUUUGGACCCAGACGAAACACAGCCUUUACUGAAGAAGGAGGUAAACAAGCACGAAAUGGAGGCGAAGGAGAAAGAGGCUGCAGUGAAGCGGCCCAUGUCCAGACAGCAGCUGAGGGUUGUGGGAUGUAUUCUGAUGUGUGAGCUGUGCGAGCGCUUGACGUACUAUAGUGUGACGGCCAAUGUUGUCCUGUUCUGCACCACACUUCUGAAACUGGAGAGCACAACAGCCGCCACAGUCAGUCUGGUGUUCUCCGGAACUGUCUUCAUCAUCCCUGUUAUCGGAGGCUACAUCGCAGAUACAAUGGCGGGAAAAUACAACACGAUUUUAGGAUCUGGACUGGUGUACAUCUUAGGGUUGUUUUUGUUACCUGCAUCAGCGAUGAAUUACGAGGAAUGGUUUGGAAAUGACGGCGAUGGCGCCUCGUACGAUCUGUCAACGGAAAUGCGCAGAAUAUACUAUUUUACGGGAUUAGUCUUUGUUGCCAUAGGAACUGGUGGUAUAAAAGCAAAUGUCGGACCCUUUGGUGCACAACAAGUGGAGGACUUGGGACCAGAAGCAGUUCAAUCUUUUUUCAACUGGUUUUACUGGUUCAUAAACGCUGGUUCCUUUGUGGCGUUCCUUGGUGUUGCUUACAUACAGCAGAACAUCAGCUUCAGUUUGGGCUACCUCAUCCCCUUCAUAUCCAUGAUAUUGGCGCUCAUCAUUUUUGUAGCUGCGAAAUCCAAUUACAAGCAAACUCCACCUGGAGGUAGUAUAAUCGUAGACUCCUUGGGCGUGUGCUGCCAGGCGGGAUGCAGAAAAUUCGACAAAGCCCGAAAAUCUAAUGGAGGGAAAUACACAGACGAAUUCGUGUCUGGGGUGAUCGCUGUACUCCGAGUUCUGCCGGUGUUCUUAUUAAUUAUCAUGUACUGGGCCAUAUAUUCACAGAUGCAGUCGACUUUCUUUCUACAAGGUGAACGAAUGGACGCAAAAAUAGGCAGUGUGACGAUGCCGAUCGCGGUGUUGAAUGUGUUCAAUACUAUAAUCAUUUUAAUUCUUAUCCCCAUCAUGGACAAACUUAUCUAUCCACUUAUGGCUAAAUAUAAUAGGAGUCCGACACAUUUACAAAGAAUAGGUUUCGGGUUCAUUUUAUCGGCGCUCUCCGUACUUGUGGCAGGAAUUUUAGAAAUAUACCGCAAGAAGGACAUUGAAAACAAUGGAUAUAUUGUACAAGAGUUAUCGUCAGACAAAUUUAAUGCUUCUAGCAUUUCUAUAUUUGCCCAAGUUCCAGAAUUUGCUCUAGUGGGCGCCAGUGAGGUGUUUGCCAGUGUUUCUGGCCUGGAAUUCGCCUAUUCCCAAGCACCAUCAUUUAUGCAGGGUCUCGUUAUGGGACUAUUCUUGAUGACGUCAGGGUUAGGUAAUUACGUGUCUGAGGCUAUUUUGGAGAUUGUCAAAGAAGCAACAGGAACGGAUACACCUGAUGCCUGGUUUCCUGAGGAAAUGAAUAAUGGGAAGACUGAGUACUUGUUUUUCAUGAUGGCCGCAUUAAUGGCUGUGAACACGUUCGUCUUCUUCUUUGUGGCAUACUAUUAUAAAUACAGGGAACCGGAAGACGCUCAAGUUUUAGCAAUAGAGAAAGUCGUUGAUCCGGAAAAACCUCCAGCAUACGAACAACUGACGGCUGGUUUUAACAAUCAAGGAUAUACGGGUUAUCCGGAGAAUACAAAGUUAUGAGAAAAAACAGCUGUUCGCAGUUCAGAGGAAAAGAUUUACUGUAAAACAGUUUUCCCAAUAGGGUGAAAUAAAGCUCAUAUAUCGUUUAAAAGCGUAUUAUUAGAAUUCCAAGUGACGUUCGGAUGCCAAUUAUGUUUCCCUUUAUACUAUAUAUAGACAUUCAUACUGUUGUAGGCGACGUUUACAUUAUAUUUAAAUAUCAAGCUCACUUUUAUAAAAGGAACAGUAUAGCCAUAGCCAGGAAUUUCUAUAGGGUGAGUGGGGACUAACUGCUGUCACUCUUGGGAGUCUGGGGCUACCCCAAUUCCCUAGAAGCUAAGGAGCUAUUGAUGAAAAACUAGAAAUUCAGAGACAUUCUUUGAUCCCUUUCAAAAUAUUUUUUUGUGAAUUAUUCAAAUUUCACUGAAAUAGUUCUAAUCGGUCUUUUGUAUGAGAAAAUAUCUAUUUCAAAAGUGCUUAAAAUGUCUUCAAUAAGGGUUCGUACGAACCCCAUGAAUCCCCUUAGCUACGAGUAUGUAUAAUUAUCAGUAAAAAGUUAUCCCAAACUCAAAAGUGAGGUCGUCCCAGUUUUAAGAUACCAAAUACCAAAGCCUGCUCAGAUUGAGGAUGUUUUUAGAGGAGAUUGUACAUUUCAUUGAUUCCGUAUGUACGUUGAUUGCUGUUGAUCGGUAUUGUCGAACAAAUGAUUCUUUAUUUAUAAUAAAUAUUUUUAUACGUACAAA